UCUAGUGCACUGCUCAAUGCAUGUUGCUGCUGUUUUACUGGUUUUAGAAGCAUUGAACAGUACUCAGAGGCAUUAAUGUCUGAUCAAUUACCGCUAGUAUAUAUAAGAAUUGAUGUUGCGCAUUUUUUAACAAACUGGGUAGACUUCCUAAAACCAGAAAAAAAGGUGUGAAAAGAUUUUAUUUACUCGCCGUGGGUCAUUUAAUAUUAUCCAGAAGUAUAACAGAAGCAACACAAAUAAUGGAAGCUAUUUGCAUAAUUUCACGAUUUGAAACUGCUGGUGAUGGUGCACAUUUUUUGAAAAAAUCACUGGAUUUUUUAAAAAAUUUGAUUAACAAUUCGCCUCAAGAACUUGAAGAAAUGGCAGACUCUAUGUUAGAAGAAAAUGUGAAGAACAAAUUAAUUGAGGAAAAAUUAGCAGUAGAAUCGAAAACUAAAACUAAAGGUUUUCUACAUAAUUGGGCAACUUCGAUUAAAAGAAACGUCGAUCAAAUUCUAAAAAAAGAAAAAGGCGAUGACUUGAAUCCUCGGCAUUGUCCAAGGGUAGAAACUCGACUGAUGAAAUUAAUAUAUACUAUACCAGUUUGGUCUUGUAUCCGGCGUGACGAUUUCGGUUAUGGAAGAGUUCCAGCGAGCAGUGCACCAGUCGAAGCUGAAAUAAAAACUUUAAAACAGCAGAUUAAAAAAAAACAAGAACGAUUAGACGUUGCUGUCGAAAAUAUCGUAAACUAUUAUAAAGGCAAAUUGAAGUUAAUUGAUUGUUCUAAUAAGUCUGAAAAUAACAAAAGCGAAAAUGUCCACCGUGAAUCCGCAGAAGCUGCAGAACUGAACAAUUCAAUUUGUCUUUCUAAAGAUUCUGAAGUUGAAGAUGAAGUUGCUCAGAAACAAAGUUGUUCAAAAGACAUUUCGAUCGAAUCGACUAAACAAAAUUUUUGUGACAGAAGUCCAUUAAAAGAUUUAUCGUCUUCAUAUAAUAGCAAUGUGAAUACAGCAUGUCUGGCCUGCGCGAAUGGAGAUUUUCCCACCGGUAGCCACAUUUGUCUUAUUUGUAAAAAAAAUUUCCAUAUAUUGGAUGGAUGUUCUAUCAGAAUAGAAGGAAAAGACGAAGGUCAUGGAGAAAGAAGAUUGUGCAUUGAAUGUGAUAGUAGUUCUACAAAAGAUACGCAAAUUGGUCUUAAUAACAUCGAAAAUUGGAGAAAUUUAGGGCGUCCAAAGAAGCAAAAAAAACAACCUUUGUAUCUUGGCAAGACUAAUCAAAAUUUAGAUGAUUUGCUCACCUCAACCAACUUACGCAGUCUUGCAAUUUUAAAAUAUGGGGAAAAAAUAGCUUGAAAUUAAUAAAUAUAGACCAGUCAUCAUUUUCCUUGUACAACACUUGCCCAAUAGACAGUCUUUUCCAAAUUAUAUUGGCAGGAAUCACAGACAACGAAAAUGUAAAGCGAUAUGUUACUGAAGAAAGACAAUCAAAUAUGUUAUUUGAAAUGGUUUUGCAAGUCUUCGAAAAUGGAAUUACCACAUCUACAUACAAAACACGAGCAAAAAUUUUUCUCGAUUUUUUUAAAAAAAAACCUAAACCCGAUUGUAUUGAGGAAAUUGAAUGUGCUUGUAACGUUGUGUCGUUGGCAGAUUUUCUCUUCAAAUUAACACCUAGCUUUCAAGAAAGUAGUCAAUGUCAAGCUGGAUGUCCCGAACGCAUAAAAUCACUGCAUACAAUCAUGAUUUCUAACAAGGAAUUAAAUCUUUCUUUGGAAAAUGUAAUUACUGAUCAUGUUAUUAUUUCAGGUGUUAAAUGUCGGAAAAAUAAUUGCGUAAACGUAGAAGACAACCAAACUCACAAAAUUGGAAAUAUUACUGUAAUUGGUGUCGACAUGGAUCAAAAAUUUGAAUUAAGUUCAAUCCCAACGGAAUACGUAUGUCCAAAAAGUGGUGAUUCCUACUUCCUCUUAGGAGUUGUAGAGUAUAAAGGACCCACCAUUCAAGUCCGUAGUAGAAUGUAGAAAACAAAUUGGACAUUACACUGCAAUCGCCAAACGACACAUCAAUUGGGUUAUUUACGAUGAUAAGAUCCAGGAAGCA